CCCAUCCCUGUGGUCCGUCCUGUUGCCAAACGCACCCUUCCCCGUCCGUCUCCUGGUUCGCGACGGCAAACGUAGGUUUCGUCUCUCCCUCCCUCUGUCCCCACCUCGCGCUCUCCUUCCCGCUACCUCCGGCGCGCGACGAGCACGAGCCCUUGGCAGAUCCCGAUGGCCUCGCGACGCCGCACGCUCCUCAAGGUCAUCAUCCUCGGCGACAGCGGGGUCGGGAAGACGUCCUUGAUGAACCAAUAUGUGAACAAGAAGUUCAGUAACCAGUACAAGGCCACCAUCGGCGCGGAUUUCCUCACCAAGGAGGUGCAGUACGAGGACAGGCUCUUCACUCUGCAGAUAUGGGAUACUGCUGGGCAGGAAAGGUUUCAGAGUCUUGGUGUUGCAUUCUACCGUGGAGCGGAUUGUUGCGUUCUAGUGUAUGAUGUUAAUUCUAUGAAAUCAUUUGAGAAUCUGAACAACUGGCGCGAAGAGUUUCUGAUCCAGGCUAGUCCGUCUGAUCCUGAUAACUUUCCUUUUGUUCUGCUGGGAAACAAAGUUGAUAUUGAUGGUGGCAACAGCCGAGUGGUCUCUGAGAAAAAGGCAAAGGCUUGGUGCGCCUCAAAAGGUAACAUCCCUUACUUUGAGACAUCCGCCAAAGAAGGAACAAAUGUAGAAGACGCUUUUCAGGUCAUUGUAAAGGAUGCACUGAAGAAUGAACCAGAAGAAGAAUUGUACAUUCCUGACACUGUCGAUGUGGUGGGUGGCAACCGCACCCAAAGAUCAUCAGGCUGCUGUUAGGCCAUGACGCACCAUUGCCGUAACAACCAUUAAAUAUGCAGCCUUUCACACCUGUAUAAUGUCAUAUGAAUCUGUAUUCAAUUCAUUACCUCAGCCAUCGCCACUUCUGUAUGAAAUCAAGCAGUGAUACAUCUGUUCCGAAUUGU